AUGUCAAACUAUAUCAAUCCUUUCGAAAUUCUUACGCGGUCAAUAUCCAAGCCCCAGUCCAUCGCAUUGGCAGUCGUGUAUGGGGUACUCGGGGUGGCGUUGGUGGCCAGGAGGCUCUUGCGGCUGGCCAAGCACAAGGGCAUGUAUAACCUCUUGAUCCUUUUCUCUGCCAUGUUGGUCGUCUUCUCCGUCAUCGGCGUCAUUGGUGCCGUCCUGCAGAUCGUUGCCAUCAACAAGCUCGACUUUGACCUCUUUGACACUGCGAAGAGCCUUCGAAUCGCGUCCGGUGCGCUUUUCAUCUUCAUCUCGACCUGGGUGAUUGUUGCCCCCAUCGGACUAGUGGUCCUUUACCGAGCCAAGUUAUGUUCCAACGUCCUGCUCGCAACUACCAUUGUCGUCCUGUCCGGUUCUGCCUUGAUGCUCGAGAGUGUUUAUCGAGUGCUGGCCGCCACGAGGAUCGAUGGGUUCAUCCUUGAGACUUAUUCUGUUGGGGUUCUGUUAGUGCUUCCCGAGUUCAUCGUUAUCGUGGCAUUCAUCGUGUUUGACCUUGACAAUCUUAGCCACAUCACUCUUUAUUGGCCCUUUGAGAAGUCGGAGGAGGAUCUAGAAUUGUCAAAGAAAGUAAGCAAGACGUCCAGAGAAGCGAGCGAGGUGUGA